AAGGGAUCAUUGCUGGGAGAAAUCGGUUGAGAUAGCAAAGCUGAUGAACUGAGGUUUGGUGGUUCGGACAUUGCCUGAAGAGCUAUGAAGAACCCUCUGUUCCUGGUUGCUGCUUUUCUUCUCUGGCCAUGUUGCUCUUCUCAAAAUGAAAUUACAUGCAACCCUCCAAGAAUAUCUAAUGGUUCUUUCCGACCUCAAAGAACUAUAUACCAUGAUGGGGAUCUACUUCGAAUUCUGUGUAAUUUUGAACCAGAUAAUGGAGAACAGGUGGUUGAAUGCACAAGGAAUGGCUGGUCACCUUCACCAAAAUGUGUCGCAGUUCAAAAUACCUGUGAGAAGGUUUCUGUACCUCAAGGGUUUUUUGUUCAGCGACAACAGCAUUUUCUGAUCAAUGAAGCAGCAAGAUAUUUAUGUCAUAAUGGCUAUACAACUCCAGAAGGAGGGACUGAGGGACAGACACGGUGCCUUGAAGAGGGCUGGAACCCAGAGCCAAAGUGUAUCAAGACGUGUCCAAAGCCAUCUGCAGAUCUGUUUAUCCUCAACUCAACGAAGUCGGUUUUCUUCUCUGGGGAUGAACUUCAGUAUGAAUGUAAAGAGGGGCUUGAAACCCUUAAAAAAACCACUGGUGACACCGUUGUGUGCAGUGAGGAGGGAUGGCAGCCAACUCCUGCAUGUCUGCCAAUAGAAUGUCAAACUCCAUUUCUGGAUAAUGGCAUGAUUCACCCAAGAGAGGACAAAUUCCUGCACAAAAUGGUGGUGCAUUUUAAAUGCCAUAGAGGAUUCACAAGAGUUGGGUCUGAGUCUGCACAAUGUUACCACUUUGGAUGGUCUCCACAGCCUCCAAUCUGUAAAGAAAAUGUUAAAACUUGUCAGGCACCACCCAGCAUUUUACAUGGCAUGGUUAUUGGUGACCUUAAAGAGGUAUAUCAGCAUGGUGAUAACUUGGAAGUUCAGUGUGACAUCUCAUUUGCACUUUAUGGAUCAAAAAUCAUAGAGUGCGUGGAUGGUAAAUGGGGACCCUUACCAUCAUGCACAGAAGAAGUAAAAACUUGUAGACCGCCCCCAAAUAUUAGAAACGGGACUGCUAUCAAUGUUGAGUCAUCCACAUACCGGCAUGGUGAAACUGUGGAAUAUCAAUGCCAACCACUUUCUGUUAUUACUGGGACCAACCCAGCCAAGUGUCUCUAUGGGCGGUGGGAAGUACCGUCAUGUCUUGUUAAUCCACGAAAAUGUAGACAUCCAUGGAAAGCAGUUUUUGAACCAGGCGUUAGUUUUUUCAAGCGGUUUGAGAUCAAUGAAGUUGCAACCUACCGCUGUGGUUCCAAUCUACAUGAAACAAAAUGCGUUGAUGGAGUAUGGUUUCCCGAGCCACUAUGUAAAGAAACCUGCCCUCCACCACCUCAGCUUCCCAAUGCCAUCAAUAUAGCUGAGUUGAGAAUCUACAGGAGUGGAGAAGAAAUCAGCUUCAGGUGUAAACAGUAUUUCUUUCUUCGUGGAGCACAAAAAAUAAUGUGUGAAGAUGGAAAGUGGCAAACACCUCCACACUGUCUUGAUCUUGGUGGAACUUGUGGACGCCCACCUCCCGUGGACAAUGCAGACAUCUUGGAGACACCCAAGGCAGAGUAUCACGCAUAUGAAAGUGUAACGUAUCAAUGCCAGAAUCUCUACAAAAUGGAAGGAACUCCAACAGUGACUUGCCAAAAUGGCAACUGGACAGAAAAACCAACAUGCAGGGUUCCUUGUACAGCAAGUGAAGAAGUUAUGAGACAACACAAUAUAAAGUUGAGGUGGAAGCCAGAUGAUAAAAUAUAUUCUGAGGCUGGAAAGGUGGUUGAAUUUGAAUGUAAAAGAGGCUAUCAGCCAGAUCCAGCUUCUGGAUUAUUUAGAGUUCCUUGCAUAGACGGGAAAUUUCAAUAUCCACGUUGCAUUCAUCUCCAGGUAAAUGAACAACAGGACAUAUACCGCAGCCUUUCUGAACCAGAAGACGGAUGUCAGGAAUCAUGUAUCAUUCGCUUUAAUAUGACCAUGUGAAACUGGAUUCUCCUUUUUGAAAACUGAUUUUAUCUGGAUUGCCUCUUAACAGUGGGUCUGAACCAAAAAGCCUACUUUGUAAAAGCCAAACUUUACCAACUGUUAUUACUGGGAAAAUGAUAACAUUUAUAAACAAGUUUAUGGACCACCUUUAAGGCAGAUAAAAUAUUAUAAUGUAACUUUAUAUAACUCUUUAAAAAUACAUCUGGAAUGAGGAAUGUAGAUUUUUUCUAUAUACAUUUUAGCUGUAAACAUUUGAUUAAUCAGAAUUAUCAGUCAUUAGCCCUUGUUAAAGCAAUGACAAUAGAUGAUUAGAAUUGAUAUGUUUAGCAUCUGGUUGUGUUGAGUUCAUUAAAAAAAAAUUUAAAAAUCUAGAAA